AUGUGCGGUAGCCACCUUUCACAGAUAUCUACAAUCGAGACAAAUUCUAAAUUCAAGGACAUCCUUGAAAGUACUGCACAAGCCAAGCGUUGCUAUGCAGAAUUCACAGCCGAAAUUCGUGCGGCAGAUUCAACAUUAAGGCAGCAUAUCACUACCGAAAUCGCUGCUGGCCAUGACUCGGCGCAGAGAGAGUUGAGAGAAGAAAGCAGCCGAACUCGUCAAGAUUUUACUAGCGAGAUCAACUUGACCCGCGGGCUCAUUAUUCGGCAGGGACGGGCAACUCGACUUGCAUCAGUCAAGCACAAGGCUGACCUCAAGCAAUGCGUUCAGCUUGAGCACAUGAAAACCAGAUCUAUACUAAAAAAUGAAGUUCAAGUCGGCCGCCUGGAGGAGAUCGAAGCUGCACGAUGGUCGCAAUUCGUUUGCAGUUUGAAGUUCCCGGAAAUGAACGCACGGCGCAGUCAAAUAGUUGACCCGCAUUGCCAUACUUUUGAAUGGAUCUUCAAUGAUAAAAUCGACCGACCAUGGGACAGUUUUAAGGAAUUCCUAGAAAAUCCCGCCUCAAUAUUCUGGAUCAACGGAAAAGCUGGCUCGGGGAAAAGCUCUUUGAUGCGGUUCAUUAGUGAACAUGGCAAAUGUCAGCAGAUGUUAGAUCUGUGGUCCUCUCCAAAGAAAACUCUGAUCCUGCGUUGGUAUUUCUGGAAUUCGGGGACAGAAUUCCAGAGAAGUCUCAGGGGUGCAUUGUGUUCUUUAACGCACCAACUCCUAUCACAAGUUCAAGCUUCGGGCUCAAGUCUUCAUGAAAUCUGUGGGAGUUUAAAUCCAGGUACUUUGUCCAAGGAGAGUGUCUCGGAUUGGUCGGUUACUGAGCUAGUCCAAAUCUUUGAGGCGACUCUUCAUUCGGUACAAGCUUUUGUGAUAAUAUUCUUGGACGGCCUGGACGAGUUCAACUACGAUGAAGAUGUAAGUCCUCUCCUUGACCUGGUCGAAGAAGUCACCACACAACCUCACGUCAAAGCUUGUGUUUCGAGUCGUCCAGAAAAAUACCUCAUAUCCCGCCUGGAGUCUUAUCCUCAGCUAAAGUUGCAAGAUCUCACAGCGAACGAUAUCAGAGAAUUGGUUAUCGACCGACUUCGAUCUUCCACCUCUGACUGGAAAGACUCCGAGAUUCAAAGGCUCGCUGAAAAGGUCCGUGAGCGUGCUUCUGGCGUGUUCCUCUGGGUUCGGCUUGUAACAGACCAGUUGGCCCGAGGACUUUUGCAUGGCGAUAGUCAACAAAUAUUGACAGAGCGCCUCGAAAAGUUGCCACCAAAGAUGGAAUCACUCUAUGAGCACAUGUGGCGAUCUUUGAAUGGUGAUGAAGAUCUUGAGUCUUAUCGACAGCAAGCAGCAAACUGUCUCGCUUUUUAUAAAAUAUUUCCCAUGACAGUGUUCGACCUUGCAGUUGCCCUGGACGAUGACUCGCAGCACAAGUUCAUUGGCAGGAAUCAUCAACCAUCGGAUCUCAAGCCACUCCUCAAAAUGUGUACUGGGAUGGAAGACCUCUUGAAAACUCGAUGUGCAGGCCUUCUCGAGAUAUCAGGUUCCUUUAAAUCUAGCUCAAAAACUACUCUGGUUCCAUUGACUGAGGAAUUCUCAGACAAUGAUACUCUCAUUCAGUGCUUGAUUCAGAAUUGCAAAUUGGAGAUCAACUUCAUCCACCGUUCGGCCAGAGAUUUCUUACUAGAAACUGAAAAAGGCCGACAAAUACUAAAACAUUGCGCAUGGCCCAACAAGGAUGUCAUAACUCGAGUCGUCAAUGCCUAUCUUCAGAGAAAAAUCCUUGGGUUAAGCCCGUCUUUCGACGGCCAUAGCCGCUCCUCCUCGAUGCACAUUGAUCUCAAUCGACUGGUCUCCGUUAUAUUUGACGUCGAAGACCGACAGCCCAACACUUCGAAGUGGCAGUAUUCACUCCUUAACACAAUCGACUCGGUUUACCGAACGACGGCCGACGCAGAGCGAAGGGUGCGACUAUCGGAGUGGCAGGAAAAUUGGUAUUACUUCUCAAGCGAACAGAGCGGAUACUUCAUAGACUUCUGGGGCUCAACAGCGGCCAAAAUUUCCGAUAGUUGUUUCAAGUUGGUCUUGUCGCAUUGGCCCAAUGAUGUUGUGGCGUCUACUUAUUUCCUCGCAAGUGUUUGCUGGGCGCCCUCCAUUGAGGUUGUCUCUCCGAGGAAUCUGCACGCAAUGCAAAUAUUCCUUUGCCACGGAGCCAACCCAAAUUCAAAUUGCAUGUACACGCACCAGGAUCACGGUCAAUGUACUCCAUGGCUUCGUUUUCUUUGGCUGGCAAGCAGAACAGCGGAUUACUCUGGCCUAGAAGCACAGCUUGUUUGCACAAUCGAAAAAUUUCUAGCAUCCGGAGGGGAGUUAUCGGCCACGGCAACGAUUGCGUGGCAAUACAGUGGCGGAGAAUUUGAUUCCUUUGAAGCUCUGAUGACCUCGACCUUUCAUGAGAUCGGAGAGGUGGUCUUUGAAGUCAAUGCUGCAUACUUGCUGGAGAAAAUCUGUUCAAGAAUACGCGAUCCCGUUGUUUCCUCUGAGCUUCAACGCAUUCUGGAGUCAACUGUCUCGAUCCGAAUCGUCACUUUGGUAAGAGGUGGCAAUGGGCGAUGGUUCACGGUGAAACCUGACGAUGCAGUCUACUUUCUGGAAACAAUACUGAUCCCAGUAGCGCCCGAGGUGGAGUAUAAAGACCUUGCAGCGUACGCUGUUAAAGCCACUACCAACGGAGUGGAAGUCAAACCGAGAGCUCUCCUUGCUGCUCGAGGUUUAACCAGGGUUUGUCCCAGACUAAAGACUUUCGGUGGUCUUGCGCACCUCAGACGAGCAUCGGCCAUGUUCCAGGCAAAAUACACGAUAUCAUGGCUCUCAUCGACCUGGUGGACGAUGGGGAUCAGUUCUGUGUUCGCCAAUGGUUUCUCGGAGAUCCCCUCCAGCGGGGGAAAGCCGACACGUUUUAACCUUCUUGAAGACAUGUGUAGCAACCUAUCGUCCUUUUAUGAGUUGUUCGGCCCGUUGUAUGAGUGCGCGGCUGAGACGGACGAAUUGUACCCGAUUCUGUCAGAAAUCUGGGAGGAACUAGCUGAAUUUAGGAAGAAGGAGGCUGCCAAGUUGGCAGGACAGGAUUUGGCGGUGUUUUACGAGGAGUUAGAUGAGUUAUGUCAACUGUUUCGCCUGCAUGGACUGGAGCAUGCCUUAGCAGCGACGAUGGAUGUUGACAUAUAG